AUCUCCGACAUCUACAUCAGCGGGGAGUCGGGGGAUAUGUCGGCCAAGGAGAAGCUGCUUCUGUGGACACAGAAGGUGACGGCAGGAUACAUCGGGAUGAAGUGCACCAACUUCUCAUCUUGCUGGAGCGAUGGGAAGAUGUUCAACGCGCUCAUCCACAGAUACAGGCCGGAUCUGGUGGAUAUGGAGAGGGUGCAGAUCCAGAGUAACCGGGAGAACCUGGAGCAGGCCUUCGAGAUCGCCGAGCGGCUGGGGGUCACACGGCUGCUGGAUGCCGAAGAUGUGGACGUCCCCUCUCCGGACGAGAAAUCCGUAAUAACUUACGUGUCUUCAAUCUACGAUGCCUUUCCCAAAGUCCCCGAGGGAGGAGAAGGGAUCAGCGCUAUUGAGGUGGAUUCGAGGUGGCUGGAGUACCAGAGCCGCGUGGAGUCCCUCAUCUCGUGGAUCAAGCAGCACACGAUACUCAUGUCAGAUAAAUCCUUCCCCCAGAACCCUGUAGAGCUAAAGGCACUUUAUAACCAGUACAUACACUUCAAAGAAACUGAAAUCCCAGCAAAAGAGCAGGAAAAAGGAGGGAUAGAGGAGCUCUACAAACUGUUAGAGGUAUGGAUUGAAUUUGGACGCAUCAAGUUACCCCAGGGGUACCACCCCAACGACGUGGAGGAGGAGUGGGGGAAGCUCAUCAUAGAGAUGCUGGAGCGCGAGAAGCUCCUGCGGCCGGCAGUGGAGAGGCUGGAAUUGCUGCUGCAAAUCGCUAACAAAAUCCAGAAUGGUGCUCUGAGCUGUGAAGAAAAACUCACUCUCGCAAAGAACACGCUGCAGGCUGACGCUGCUCACCUGGAGUCGGGCCAGCCAGUGCAGUACGAAUCCGACGUGGUCGUGUAUCUGCAGGAGUGCGAGGGGCUCAUCCGCCAGCUACAGGUGGAUGUGCAGAUCCUUCGGGAUGAGAAUUACUAUCAGCUGGAGGAGCUGGUGUUCAGGAUCAUGCGGCUGCAGGACGAGCUGGUGACGCUGAGGCUGGAAUGCAGUAACCUGUACAGGAAAGGGCACUUCUCCUCCCUGGAGCUGGUGCCCAGUGCCACGCUGAGCACCACGCACUUGAAGGGCGAGUCCCUGACCAAAGGGCUGCACACCUCCUCUGCCUCCUGGUUCCGGAAGCCCAUGACCAGGACGGAGCUGGUGGCCAUCUCUUCUUCCGAAGAUGAAGGCAGCCUCCGGUUUGUGUACGAGCUGCUGGCCUGGGUGGAGGAAAUGCAGAUGAGACUGGAGCGGGCAGAGUGGGGGACCGACCUGCCGAGCGUGGAAACCCAGCUGGAGACCCAGCGGCACGUCCAUACCAGCGUGGAGGACCUGGGCUCCAGUGUAAAGGAGGCCAGGAUGUACGAGGGUAAAAUGUCUCAGAAUUUCCGCGCUAGCUACACGGAGACGCUUGGCAAGCUGGAGACGCAGUACUGCAAGCUGAUGGAAACCUCGAGCUUUCGGCUGAGACACCUCCAGAGCUUGCACGGGUUUGUGUCUCGGGCCACGGCCGAGCUGAUUUGGCUGAAUGAGAAGGAGGAGGAGGAGCUGGCCUACGACUGGAGCAACAACAACCCUAACAUUGCAGCCAAAAAGACCUACUUCUCGGAGCUGACGAUGGAGCUGGAAGAGAAGCAGGACAUCUUCCGCUCCCUCCAAGACACGGCCGAGCUGCUGUCCCUGGAGAACCACCCGGCCAAGCAAACCGUAGAGGCCUACAGUGCUGCCGUGCAGACUCAGUGGCAGUGGAUUAAGCAGCUCUGCCUCUGCGUGGAACAGCACGUGAAGGAGAACGCUGCCUAUUUUCAGUUCUUCAGUGACGCCCGGGAGUCGGAGACCUACCUGCGCAACCUGCAGGACUCCAUCAAAAGGAAGUAUUCUUGUGACCAUAACACAAGCCUGACGCGGCUGGAGGACCUGCUUCAGGACUCCAUGGACGAGAAGGAGCAGCUCAUUCAGUCGAAGAGCUCCGUCGCCAGCCUGGUGGGACGGUCCAAAACCAUCGUUCAGCUCCGGCCCAGGAACCCGGAGCACCUCGUGAAGAGCACGAUCCCCAUCAAGGCUGUUUGUGACUAUCGGCAGAUCGAGAUCACGAUCUGUAGGAACGACGAGUGUGUGCUGGAGGACAAUUCCCAGAGGACCAAGUGGAAGGUGAUCAGCCCCACGGGGAACGAGGCCAUGGUCCCCUCCGUCUGCUUCCUCAUCCCCCCGCCCAACAAAGAGGCCAUCGAGAUGGCCAACAGGGUAGAGCAGUUGUACCAGAAGGUGAUGGCUCUCUGGCACCAGCUCCACAUGAACACAAAGAGCCUGAUCUCCUGGAACUACCUGCGGAAGGACAUAGCCCUGGUGCAAAGCUUCAGCAUGGAGAAGCUCAGAUCCUUAGCGCAAGGGGAAUGCCAGCAAGCCUUGAAGAGCCUCCAGGCACACUACGAGGACUUCGUGCAGGACAGCCGGGACUCGGAGCUCUUCUCGGUGUCGGACCGGCUGCGCCUGGAGGAGGAAGUGGAGUCUUCCAAGGAACACAUCCGGCAGCUGCUGGAGUCCAUGGAGAACGAAGACAAGGAUGAGACCGUUGCCAGGACAUAUCUCUCUGAGCUCAAGAAUAUCCGUCUGCGCCUGGAGGAAUGUGAGCAGAGGCUAGUGAGCCGAAUCCAGUCCCCAAGCAGCACCCGAGCAGAUGGUGACACUAUCCAGGAAAACACCAUCCGCAUCGCGGAGCAGGAGCGCAUGCAGGAGGAUCUGCGGCGGGUGGCGGGCGUUGUUUCUGAGAGAUGCUACAGCUUCCUCGACAAGGCACCCGCGGGGUCCAGCACGCCUCACUUGCGUUCUGAACUUGACUUGGUGGUGAACAAGAUGGACCAGAUGUACGGGCUGUCUUCCAUCUACCUGGACAAGUUGAAGACGGUUGAUGUUAUUAUUCGUAACACCCAAGGAGCAGAGUCUCUGGUGAAAGGGUACGAGGUGAAGCUGAGCCAGGAGGAAGCAGUCCCCGCCGACCUGGCAGCUAUUCAGUCUCACCGAGCAGCCCUGCAGCAGUGGCUCGGGGAAGCGAAGGACAAGAGCUCGGUCUUCUCCACGUUGGAGGAGGAGAUGGCAAAGGCGAAGGCGGUGGGAGAGCAGCUGUACCGGCUGAGACAAGAGCGCAGCAUCGACCUGGAGCGCUAUCAGGAGAAGGGAAGCCAGCUGUGGGAUCGCUGGCAGCGAGUCUGCGCCCAGAUUGAGACCCGCCACGCAGAGCUGGAGAGCAUCCAGGAGGUGCUGAGUGAUUACCGGCAGUGCCACAGUGCCCUGAUCCAGUGGAUCGAGGAGAUCACGGUCCAGCAGGAGCUGAUGAAGCCUGGGCAGGCGGAGGAGAGCCGAGUGCUGUCGGAGCAGCUGAGCCAGCAAACGGCUUUGGCUGCAGAAAUCGAGAAAAAUCAAGCCAAACUGGACCAAUGUCAGAAAUUCUCCCAGCAAUACUCGGCUGCCGUCAAGGACUACGAGUUGCAGCUCAUGACGUACAGGGCGUUCGUUGAGUCACAGCAGAAGUCUCCCAUGAAACGCCGACGCAUGCUCUCGUCCUCAGAUGCCAUCACGCAGGAGUUCAUGGAUUUGCGGACUCGCUAUACGGCUCUGGUGACGUUAACCACGCAGCACGUGAAGUACAUCAGCGAUGCUCUCCGGCGGCUGGAGGAGGAGGAGAAAGUGGUGGAGGAGGAGAAGCAGGAGCAUGUCGACAAGGUGAAGGAGCUCCUGGGCUGGGCCCUGGGCGUGAAGCAGAGCGUGCAGGGCAGGACGGCCGCUGCCGGGGGCAGAGAGCUGGGCGACAUCGAGAAAUCCAUCUCGGAGCAGCAGGCCCUGAAUGAGGAGCUGGCUAUGAAGAAGGAGCAGGUUUCUGAGGCCAUCAAAACUUCACAAAUCUUCCUGGCAAAACACAGCCACAAGCUUUCCCAUCCAGAGAAGGAACAGAUUUCUGCUCAGAUCGGUGCCCUCAAGGAGACCUACCAGGGACUCUGCAACGACUCCACGGAGCAGCUCCAGCAGCUCCAGAGCCAGCUGGCUCAGGAGACAGAGCACAAGGGCAGCGAAGCAGUGGCAGGAGUGAUCGAUCUUGGCACGGUAGAAAUAUUCCCUGUCUUUGGUGCCAUGCAGAGAGGUCUUAUAGAUCAGGACACUGGCCUCGUCCUCUUGGAGGCCCAGGUUAUCACAUCUGACUUAGUUGUUCCAGAGACCAGUGAGAAACUCUCCUUGGAGAAAGGUCUGGCAAGAAACAUCAUCGAUCUCAGGACGUUCCAGGUGCUGCAGGAAUUGAAGGAUGCUCUCCACCGGGUGGAAGAAGUCAGACGUGAAGGGAGGCAGCUCCUACCUGUUGUUGCUGCGAUAGAAGAGGGGAGGAUCAGUGAGAGCGUUGGGCUAAAGAUUCUUGAAGCUGAGCUCGUCACUGGGGGCUUUAAAGUCCGUCGGGGCAGAAUCAGCAUGGAGACAGCGGUGCAGGAAAGACUCCUUACCCCCCAGCUUUAUUCCAGACUUGUAUCUCACCUGGAGGGUGGCAAGGAUUUGAUUGACCCCAACACUGCUGAAAAAAUCAGUCUAUCCGAGCUCAUGCACCGAUGCAUCGUCCACCAAGAGACUGGACUGAGGCUGCUCCCAGUCAAGCAGCUGGCGGGUGGGAUGGUGAGCUUGAAAUCGGGCAGAAAAGUCAGCAUCUUCCGUGCAGUCCAGGAAGGGCUGAUAGACAGGGAGGUAACGGUCAGGUUGCUGGAAGCCCACCUCUUUGCUGGUGGCAUUGUUGACCCUAGGACAGGGCACAGGCUGACUGUUGAUGAGGCCGUGAGACAUAAUUUAAUUGACCAGGAUUUGGCAUGCACCCUUCUUAUCCGGCAGCUUCAGACGGGUGGCAUCAUUGAUACCGUCACGGGAGAGAGGCUGACAAUUGAUGAAGCUGUAAGGAAGGAGUUAGUAGCACCAAGGAUUGCAUUGGUGGUCCUGGAAUCCCUGUGGUCCUUCAUGGGGCUCCUGUGGCCAGAGACAGGGGAGAUUGUCCCAGUUGCAGAUGCUUUAGAGCAAGGAAUCCUAUCUACAGAGCUGGUUUACAAGAUUCUCAGCAAAAGGCAACUCAUUAAGGCGGUCUUUAUACCAGAAACCACUGAGGUUUUGUCCUGGAAGAAGGCAGUUGAACAUGGCAUCUUGGAGAGAGAUGUGGCGAAGAAGCUGAAAUCAACAGUCAUACCUGAUGUCAUGGCCAGCAUGCAGCUUGCUGGCUCUCCAAGCAGAAGCAGGCAUGGCCAAAGCUCUUCUGGAAGGAGUCCCACAGGUCCCAAAGAGCGAAGUGACCCUCUGCUAAGGAGCGACGAUGAAAGGCUGAUGUUCCACUUGAUGACCCACAGCUACAUCAACGUCCGUGAUGGCCAGAAGCUGCUCUUAGUGGACGGAGAGUUGAACAAUCUCACUAAAGCCCUUAUCCAAAGCCAAGAAAAUGGAUCCUGUGCACACACAUUGGAAGGCAGUGAAGGCUUCGAGGAGACGAAGGCAAAUGCAGCUCUUGAAAGCGAGCCGUGCAAUGGUUUGGCUUUGCAGCAGCUUGAGUUUCAGUUUGUUCCUUCAAAAGAACAAAGUGGAAAGGUCCUGCCACCCAGAACUGCUUUGGAGAAUGGGGAGGUGGUGAUGGGACCUGAAAGCCUCCUGUUAGAGGAUGCAGAAGAUAUCUGCUCUCGCUUCUCUACAAGCAGGGUUUAUACCGAACAGGCUGCCGUCAAGAGUGAGACUGAUGCUGAGUUUGGAAGAGAGCAAGUAACUUCUACAAGCAAGGACAAACGUCAGGUAAAGUUAUCGAUGCCAGGAGGUCCUGGUGACCUUGGUAGUGGAUUCAGAGAAACAGAGGAAAUGAUGAUUGAGGCAGAAGACGGCUCCAAGCCUACUACAGAAGAUGGAGUGGAAAGUGUCAAAGAUCAGAAGAGGGCAUUGGAAAGCGGGGCAGUUGUGAAAAGUGAAAUCUGCAUAUCGAUGGAUGUUUCGGAAAGUAGAGAAAGACUGGAAAUCAUGGCAGAGAGGUCUCAGGGUGUGGAGGAACCUGAAGUAGAGGCCGAAGGUGUUAGAGAGAUUUAUUUGCUAAAUGAGGAAACAAUUGAGAGUGCCGUGCUGGGAGGAGAGGAGAUGGUGCUGCCUCAAGCUGGAGAGGCAGAGCAGAGAGAGAGGCAAAGCGAAAACGUGGCAAGUGUGUUGGAAGUGGAAGAAGGAGAGGGGAAAGAAGUACUAGGUGAUGAGGAUGUUGUUGAAACAUCCCUGCCAGCCCCUGCGGAGCGGGAAGCAGAGGACACUUUGGAAGUGCUCUUAAGGCAGCUCCGAAGCGGUGGCAUAAUCCAUGAGCAGACAGGCAAGACUCUUCUUCUAAAUGAAGCCGUUGGCCGUGGAGUGGUGCCCGGCCACACAGCAGUGAAACUGAUGGAGAAGAUGAGGAUGUUCAGUGGCUUCUUUGACUCUCACACGUGUGAAUCGCUGACCACUGAGGAUGUCAUUGAAGAAGGUCUGAUGGAUGAGAAGCUUCUCCAGAAGGUACUCGCCUCUGACAAAGCGAUAAGUGGCGUUCUUGACCCAGGCAAUAACUUUGUCUACUCUGUCAAGGAUGCGGCUGCCGUUGGCCUUCUGGACAAAGAAACGGCAAUGAGGAUCUUGGAAGGGCAAGUGGUUACUGGGGGGAUUGUUGACUUGAAACGUGGCAAAAAAAUAUCGGUCACUUUGGCUUCAAAUCUGGGCCUCAUAGAGCCAACAAGUCAGAAAGAGCUGAUCAAGCUGGAGAAGGCUUGCAAAGGGAAAGGCACUGAUGAGGUGACCAGGCAGAAGCUCGUCAGCUUACAGGCUGAGACCAGUGGAAUUGUGGAUCCCGAAACGAAGCAGCCUUUGACUGUUGCGCAGUCUGUUGAAAAAGGGCUCCUGAAAAAGGAAAAAGCUUUUCAGCUCUUGACAAAGCAGAUUGCUGAUGGAGGGAUCAUCCAUCACGUGUCUGGAAUGAGGCUUUCGGUAAACAACGCAAUGAGACAUGGUUUGAUUGAUCAAGAUCUAUGUAACGAACUCACGAAAGCUGAAAGCGUGUGCCUGCAGGACUACGUUCAUCCAGUUACAAAGGAGAAACUGUCCUUGCCCCAGGCGGUGUCGUUAGGGCUCGUUAGUCCGGACUUCCAGAGGGAAGUGCAAGAGAUCCAGGCUGGGAGUGGAAGCAUUUUUGAUCCUGCUUCUGGCCAGAGAGUGGCUCUCUGUCAAGCGGUAAAGGAGGGCUUGCUGCCUGAGCAGGUUAUGGAGAAGGUCCUGUCAUCUUCAGAGAUGAAAGAAGGAAUUGUAGAUCCCGAGACCUGCAUGAUCGUUCCCUACUCGGAGUUCAUAAAGAAGUGUAAAAUUGACGUUGAAUCUGGCCAGAGGUAUCUGGCGGUCCAUCCCUUCAGAGCCAUCAAGGAUGAGGUGACGGGGACCAAGCUGACGUGUGCCGAGGCGGUGAGGCUGGGGAAGGUGGACCCUCUGCCCACCCUGCGGUUGCUGCAGGCUCAGGCCGACAGCGGGGGGGUCGUGGAGGGGACGGUCAGCGAGAGGCUCUCCCUGAGGGCUGCCCUGGAGCGAGGGCUGCUGGAUGAGGAGAUGGCCAAACUCAUCGCCACCAACCAGAUGAGGACUGGGGGAAUUGUCGAUGCUAGCAGUGGGAAAAGAUUGACUUUAAAGGAAGCUGUUAAAAAAGAACUGAUUAGUCAAAAAUUAGCUGCCAGUCUUCAGGAUGCACAAAUAGCCGACGGGGAACACGGUUCUGAGGUCUGCAGAGCAGAUAAACCCCACCUUUUCCAGGAAAAAAUGUCUCCAAAAGAAGAGGAUGUUGUCCUCUCUACCCGUGCUGCCAAGAAGUCUGAUGGUGCUGAGCACAAAGCUGAAUCUGAAGCGGCGAGCUACGACACAGCCGGAGGUGCGGCCGCUGCCACCAAGAAAACCCCAGUGACACUGAGGGAAGGGAAAUCCAAACCUCCAGAAACUUCAGGGCGUGGUGUGACACAUCACCCCCACGCCAAGGCUGAACCGACUCCAGGAUCCCCCUCAGUGUUCGGUGCAGCAUCUCGCCCUGACGAGACGGUGGUGGUAAGGGCUCUGGAAAAAGGGGAUGCGAAAAGCAGCUCCCAGGUGGGAGCAGCUUGGGGGAAGGAAAGGGGGAGAGAAGAAGACGACGGAGGGACAGAGAAAGUAGAGGGAUUGGGCUUGGAGGAAGAGCAGUCGUUCUGGGAGACAGAGGUGCUUCGCGGUGAGGAGAGGAGGAGGAGGGGGCGUGCAAGUGCGGAGGGAGUUGUGGCAGGUGAAGAAGAUGCAGUGGUGGCUUCUGAGCGUGGAGAGCGAGCGGGCAGCCUGGACCGGGUAACGCCGGCAGCCCCGAGGGAAUCUGUUAGCGUGGGUCGAGGGGAGGGGGAGAUGGGUCCUACAGAGUCGGGAGAACCCCCCGAGAUUGACGUCCCUGUGAAGCCUGCAGGAGAGGAGCUUGCAGGACGAGGGGAAGCUGGAGAGGUGGUGAAAGGUGGGGUCAGAAAUGGUCAUGAUUCCUCGGUAGCGUUGAGCCUGGAGGAGAGGAUGGCCCAGGAAGGCACCAAGAUCAUGUUCAGCAAGAAGAUGUGUCUGGAACAUGAUGAGAAGCUGAUAUCGUAUCUCUCCAUGCUCCGAGAUAUCGAGAUGAGAAUCAAACGGGUGCAGCCGGCGGAGCAGAAUUUGGGAGCCCUGCACAACCUGCUGGAGCAGGCGGAGGCCCUGGGCGCUGAGCUGCAGGAGCUGAGCUUCCCAGUGAAUCAGGAGUUGGACGCCGUGAAGUGGAUCGUGGCCAACCCCCCUGAAGAAGUCCCUGAGCAAUUACUGAAGGCUUUGGAGAAGGAUGCCAAGAACCUCCAGAAGUCUCUGAGCUCUGCGAGUGAUGUCCUGGAGUCCCGGCUGCAAAACCUUCGCGGGGCGGCAGAAACUGAAAAGGCUAAAAUUCUGGCACAUCAUGAGACUCUCCAGGGCAAACUCCAGGAGCUGCUGAGCUGGGUCUCUGGUACCGCAGAGUCGCUGGACAGCAGCGAUUACCGCCACGCGACUGAUGCGGACAGCUUGAGUCGCUGCCUGCAGCACUACAAGGAGCUGAAAGAGCCCCUCGCUGACACCAAGUCUCAGCUCGACGCCACUGCCUUCGACAUCCAGUUCCUUAUCUCAGAGCACGCCCAGGACUUAACCCCUCAGCAGAGCCGGCGGCUGCUGCGGAUGCUCCAUGAGCUGCAGAAGGCUUUCCAGGACCUGUCGGAGCGUGUGACGGCACGGGCGGAGGUCCUGCGGGUCUGUCUCCAGCAAGUGGAGCGGACGGAUCAGGUGAAGACGCUGCAGGAGCAGCAGGCAGCCCGGGCACAGAGCCUGGCCGAGCUGAAAUUUUUUGGCGAGGCAGAGGACAGGCUGGCCGAGCAGCAGAGAGCAGCCAGCGAAGGGGACCUGUCCGUCUUGCAGCAGAGGCAAAGUGAUGUUAAGGAGCUGCAGAGGAACAUGCACACCCGAGCUGCCUCCUUCGCCAGUGUCCUGAAAAGCACAGAGGAGUUUUUGGAGGAGAACAAGGCAAAGAUGGAGCCUGGGGAGCUGGCAACACUGCAGGAGAAGCUCCAGCGUGCCAAGGAGCAGUACCAGUCCCUGCAGGAGAGAACAGAGAUGGCCCAGAAGGAGCUGGAGAGCGCUGUGACUGCCGCAGUGCAGCAGGAGACUGAAAAGGUGAAAGCUGCCAAAGAGCUGGAGGAGAACAGCAAUAAGAUCGAUUCCCUGUUGAACUGGGUGGCAUCCCUGGAGCAGAAGGGAGGGCUCCUGGAGUACAGACCGCACCCCAUCAAGCAAAUGCCAGGGGUGCGAGCAGGGACAGGCACUCGAGACGUCCCCGACGGCCACGUCGUGGGAGCAGACAGCGCUGCCGGGAGCCUGGAUGAGCAGUACGAGAGGCUGAAGGCCCAGCACCAGGAGCUGCUGUCCCAGCAGCAAGACGUCAUCCUGGCCACGCAGUCGGCACAGGCUUUCCUGGACAAGCGUGGCCACAACCUGGCUGGGGAGGAGCGGGACCGGCUCCAGGGCCGGCUGGCAGAGCUGAAGGACCAGUACGCGGCUUCCCUCUCGCAGUCGGAAACGCGGCUGAAGCAAGUGCAAGUGCUGCGGGACGAGCUGCAGAAGUUCUUGCAGGAUCAUGGGGAGUUUGAGGCUUGGCUGAAGCAAGCGGAGCAGGAUCUGGAGGGGAUGUACAAGGGGGACAGCGACCCUGCGGCCCUCCGGCAGCUGCUCCUGCGGCAGGGGAGCUUCUCAGAAGAUGUGAUCUCCCACAAAGGUGACCUGCGGUUUGUUACCAUGUCGGGGCAGAAGGUGCUGGAUGUGGAGGGAGCUGCUGGGGAUGCAGGGUCCCAGUCGCUGAUGUCCGGGAGCGUGGUCAAGAGCAAGCUGGAGGAUGCGACGCAGCGAUACACCGCGCUACACUCCAAGUGCACCAAGCUCGGCUCCCACCUGAACACCUUGCUGGAUCACUACCAGCAGUUCCAGGAGGUGGUGGAGUCUCUUGGGACGUGGCUGCAGGAGAGCGAAGCUGCUGUUGGGAAGCUGCUCUCGGAGACGGUUUCUUCAGAUCCAACCGUUCUGCAAAAGCAGCUCACCAGUGCUAAGCAGCUGCAGGGAGACCUCGCUGAGCAUCAGGUGCCGGUGGAGAAGCUCCAGAAAGCAGCUCGGUCCCUGCUGGAGGUCCAAGGGGAACCGGCCCCGGACCACAGUCACAUUCAGGACACAACAGAUGCCAUCGUGAGUCGCUUCCAGAGCCUCUCCCAGCAGAUGGGCGAGCGCUCGGACCUGCUGCAGAAAUCCAUCGCCCAGUCCCAGAGUGUCCAGGAGAGCCUGGAGAGCCUGCUCCAGUCGGUGGCUGAGAUCGAGAAGAACCUGGAGGGAGAGCAGCCAGCCACGCUCUCCUCCGCCUCCAUCCAGGACUCGCUUGCCACGAGUGCGAAGCUGAAGCAGGACAUCGCCAGGCAGAAGAGCUGCCUGGAAGCCACCCGUGAGAUGGUGACACGGUUCAUGGAGGCGGCCGACAGCCCCACGGCCUCAGCCCUGCAGGGCAAGCUGGCAGAGGUGACGGAGCGUUUUGGCAGGCUGUGCCAGCGGCAGCAGGAGAGGGAGGACGCGCUGAAGGGCCUCCUCCCCAAGGUUGAGCAGUACGAACAGCUCUCGGAGAAGUUACAGCAGUUCACGGAGAGCAGAGCACGGAUGUUGGCAUCUGGGAAUCAGCCCGAUCGGGACAUCGCUCGCUUCUCCCAGCACAUCCAGGAACUGAAUUUGGAGAUGAGGCAGCACCAGGAGGACCUGGCCACGCUGGAGCACCUGGCUGCGGAGCUGGGCUCCUGCGGCUUCGCCCCCGGCACCUCCCAGCAGCAGGAGAAGCUGCAGAGCCUGAAGAAAGAUUUUCUGCAGCUGCAGAAGGUGGCAAAAGAGCGGUGA